AGUAUGACUUUCAAGCGAAUUUAUUUUCAAAGCUUGGGCUAGAAAGAAGAGUACUUACUGUUGCAUCUAUCAUAUAUCACGUCGUAUUCAUGCAGCCUGCCUAUGCGGGCUGUACAGACCCCCCAAAAACUAUGCAUCGUGUUGAUUAGGUUGAAAUCAGGCUCGAGCAUCUCAUAACCCAGCCGAAUAGAUACCUAUUGAGUCCUUAGUAAAUUACCUUCGUGGAAUUUUCAUUUCAAGAACGAACAUGUACGAAAUAGACCCCCAAGGCGAUGUUGUACUUACCCUUCGCAACCCGAAUGCUCUAUUUGCAGUGUGGGACGGACCAGAACCUCCCCCUCCCCCUGCUCCAAAUGAACAGCCGACCGAGCCCGACUAUGAAGAGACGAAAUACGCUGACUAUGAAGACGAAUAUGCAGGCGACUUCAUAACUCAUUCUGGACCCAGCGACGAACCUAUCGUCAUAGAAGCUGAUAAGACCGAACCCGCUGAUCCGCCUAAUGAUCAUCACAUACAAAACUCAGACCCCGAGCCGCAAUUUCGGCUCUCUUCAAGACACCUGAUAUUGGGAUCCGAAUAUUUCAAGCACACUUUGACUGGACCCUGGAAGGAAAACGCAUUAGUGGCUUCGGAUGGUUACCGCUCCGUGGAAACCGAGGAUUGGGAUCUGAAUGCUCUGCUGAUCUUGAUGCGAAUAAUACAUUGCCGGAAUCGCGAAGUGCCUCGGACUGUGAGUCUGGAAAUGCUUGCGAAAAUUGCCGUUCUUGUCGACUACUAUCAAUGUCACGAGGCCGUUGAAGUCUGGUCAGACUUGUAUAUUGACAAGCUCAAGGAUUCCAUCCCAACGACUUUGAAUAGAAAUCUCAUCCUAUGGAUCCUUAUCUCCUUGGUAUUUGAUAAGAAGGCACUGUUUAGAGACGUAACAAAGACCGCACUGGAGCAUGGCCAAGGGGGAUUACCUACGCUGGGAUUGCCAAUCGCGGUUGUAGCUGAUGAGAUUGACGAGCAAAGGCAGGAAUUCGUCCACCGCGUGUUCACUCACAUGCAUGGUCUGCUUGGACUACUGCGUGAUGGCGAGGCGGGGUGCUCAUUCGAGUGUUCAUCGAUGAUGCUGGGGGCUUUAACGAUGCAGAUGCAUUCACACGGUAUUCUUGAUCCGCAGCCGCAACCUCCGUACUCUGGAUACGGCAUCAAAUCUGUAAUGGAGUUGGUUCGGGGCUUCAAGUCACCAGAAUGGUCUACUCCCACCCACCGUAGAUCAUACGCGCACGGCUGCAAUCUUUCGGGAUUGUUUGACGAAAAAAUGAAUUCUACAGUGGCGGGCUUGGAGCUGAAAGACAUCCGACGUUAAUAAUUCGAGCUUUCGAUAUCCAUCCUGUCGAAUAUGAGUUGAAGUCGAAGAUACAGAGCUGUUUGUGUGAUUUGCUCAUGUUCGUGGAGCAUCGUACUUCUAGCAAUCAUGAGGAACACCGAGCCCUUAGGUGACGAUUGUUACUAAAUCCACACAAAUGAUUAUGGAUAAUAAUGUGACUUUUCUUCAAAUUCGCCUUCUUUCUUAUGAUUGGUCGCGAGUGUAG